AUGUAUGCCCAAACGCCUUGGGGAAGAAGCGUGGCGUUCCUCCGCCACUUCGUACUCAAAGCCCUCUUCUUCCGCGGCGUCAAGUCCCUCCUGGCCCUUCUCCUAUUGUUUACAUUUGCCGGCUUCUUUUACCGCUACGGCAUCUACGAUGACUUUUACGUCUCCGCUCGGAUCCUCGGCCAUCGUGGCGAUACCCUCAACCAUGGCCAUGGCGGCUGGUGGGCCGAGUUCUUCGCCCGCCUCGAAGAAACCCGCGUCACCGCACGGGCACUUCGGAUGCGCGACCGAGGGCCCAGCAUCAACUGGAAACCCGACAUCGACGCUACGCGCCCCGACCUGAUCCAACUGCGCGAAGAUGACGAAGCCAAGUUCCGGCAGUCGCACGCGGCCUUCGUCGACCAGCUUGCUCUGUUCGCCAGUCACCUUCCCUACCACGCCAACACCACCGGCAUCGUGACGACGGCCGGCGUGCCCAACUUCGGGCAGGUGGUCUCGCUGGUGUUGAUGACGCGGCGGGCUGGCUCGCGCUUGCCCAUACAGAUCUUCCUCGAUUCGUCCUCCCCCUGGGUCGAUUGGGUUUGCUCCCACACCAUGCCGCGCUUCAACGCCAAGUGCGUGUCGCUGGAGGAUACGUGGGGCGGUAUGAGCCGGCCGCUGCCAAGAAGGUUGGUGCGCUUCCAGUGGAAGAUCGUCUCUAUCAUUGGCUCCACGUUUCAGAACGUGCUCUUCCUCGAUGCCGACUGCCUGCCCGUCUUGAACCCGGACCCGAUCUUCGACCGAGGCGCGGAACCGUUCACGUCGGCCGGGUUCAUCAGUUGGCCCGACUUUUGGGUGACCAACACUUCGCCUCGCUUCUACGGGAUUGCCGGCGAUAUCGAGGUUCCGCCAGUGACGCCGCGCACCAGCCCGGAGGCCGGCAUGAUGGUGUACGACAAGGUGCGCCAUGCCGACACGCUCCUCCUUGCCGCCUACUACAACUACAACGGGCCCAAGCACUACUACCCGUUGUUCAGCCAGGCGGGCGCCGGCGAGGGUGAUAGGGAGAGCUUUCUCCGGGCGGCGCAGGUGCUGCAAGCGCUGCGGGAAAAAGGGAGGUACAAACAGCCGACCGCGUGGAUGAAGCCUGGCGUUGGCGUCAAGAAGGGGUACUACGACGUGAAGACCUUGCCCACGGUGCACGGGCGGUCGGCCAAAGGGAAAUGGGAUGGGAUGUUCAUGAUGCAGAAGGAUCCAAUGGCGGACUACCGCGCUGUGAUGUCUGUCAUCGAGGAGGCCAAGAAGAAAAAAGAAGGGAGCGAAGCGAAAUCCAGGCCGAGCGCCAACCCACCACCGCCGCCGCCACCUCCACGCUGGCGGAAUGAGACGGUGGCCCCAGUCAAAGAGGAAAGUUUCCUCACCGACACAACCCCCCUGGACACCUUCGGCAACCUGACACUCGCACUAAAGGACCAUGGCGACAGCCGGGUCAUGUUCUUCCACCACAACGGCGUCGACCCGGACUUCACGCGCAUCCUCGACAGGAAGUCGCGCAUGGUCGAGACGGACGAGCAGGGCAGGUACGUGCGCCUCUGGGGCGACCCGGGGUGGAUGGUCGACGGCUUCGGCCGCGACGUCGAGAAGCUGCUGUGGAAGGACUCGAUGCAGGUCUACUGCCAGGAGGGGCUCGCGCGGUUUUGGCGGCUGCGCAAGGAUACCCAACAUAUCAACGAGGAGGCAAGGGAAGGAGUAAGUUCUUCAGGAUUACCAGCUGGUGGUGACGUUGACGAGAGCCUGUCGGUGAAGCCCCAGAAGGAUGUAGCAUGGCAUCUUGAAGCGAUUCACCCGGAGCUGGAUUGCUAUCAAGGAGUCGUCAUGGUGAACUCAGAACCGCUGUGUGGCAACUCUUCCAGGCGACGGUCGCGCUCACGAUCGCGCUCACCCGCGCGCCGGCCCAAAGUCAGCAAAGGCUUCAAAUGGAAGGACAAGCGCUCCACCGACGAUGCAGACGACAGGGGCCCGCGCCGCGACUCGUACCGCGAUCGGUCACCCAGGAGGGACGAUCGCGGGCGGGACCGAGAACGGGAUGGAGACAGGUACAACAACAACAACACCACCAGGCACGGCGACAGAUACAGAGACGGGGGCAGAGAUCCACGAGACGCGAGAGACCGCGAGACUUCAACUAGACCACCACCAAAGAACGACAAGUCGUCCUCCUCUGACAACCCACCAAGACCCACCGCAGGAGCAGGAGGCGGAGCAGCAGCAGCAGCACAACCCAAACUCCGAAAACCCCAACAACAACAACAACAACGACAGCAAGGGGAGGAAAUGAUCAUCGUGACGGUCAACGACCGGCUGGGCACCAAGGCCCAGAUCCCCGCGUUCCCUAGCGACACGGUGGGACAGUUCAAGAUCAUGGUGGCGGCCAAGAUCGGGCGGGAGCCGCACGAGAUCCUGCUCAAGCGGCAAGGGGAGAGGCCGUUCAAGGACCACAUCAGCCUGGGCGACUACGGGGUGUCGAAUGGCGUGCAGCUGGACUUGGAGGUUGAUACCGGUGAUUGA